AUGUUCUCAAGGGCCAUCCGCCAGUCGAGCCGCCGGGUCGCUGCAAUCUCUGCCACGAGCAGGAUUGCGUCGGUAAGUCCAUCGCAACCGCCUGCAAUUGCGCCUGCCGCACCUCCCCUCUACCGAAGUGCAGUACUGACGCCUUUUGUCCGCCCACAGACCCGCGCUCCCGCGUUCACCAACGCCAUCCGAUCCUACGCCGCCGAUGCGAAGGCCACCCCCACCGAGGUUUCCUCCAUUCUGGAGCAGAGGAUCCGCGGUGUCCAGGAGGAGAACAGCCUCUCCGAGACUGGACGUGUCCUGUCCGUCGGUGACGGUAUUGCCCGUGUCCACGGCAUGAACAACGUCCAGGCUGAGGAGCUUGUCGAGUUCGCCUCCGGUGUCAAGGGCAUGUGCAUGAACUUGGAAGCCGGCCAGGUCGGUGUUGUGCUCUUCGGUUCUGACCGUUUGGUCAAGGAAGGCGAGACCGUCAAGCGUACCGGAGAGAUUGUCGACGUUCCCGUCGGUGAGGCUCUUCUCGGACGUGUCGUUGACGCUCUCGGUAACCCCAUCGACGGAAAGGGUCCCCUCAAGACUACUGAGCGCCGCCGUGCUCAGCUCAAGGCCCCCGGUAUCCUGCCCCGCCAGUCCGUCAAGGAGCCCGUCCAGACUGGUCUCAAGUCCGUCGACGCCAUGGUUCCCAUUGGACGUGGUCAGCGUGAGUUGAUCAUUGGUGACCGUCAAACCGGAAAGACCGCUGUUGCCCUCGACGCCAUGCUUAACCAGCAGAGAUGGAACAAGGGAACCGACGAGAAGAAGAAGCUUUACUGUAUCUACGUUGCCGUUGGUCAGAAGCGAUCCACCGUCGCCCAGCUCGUCAAGACCCUUGAGGAGAACGACGCCAUGAAGUACACCAUCAUCGUUGCCGCCACCGCCUCUGAGGCCGCCCCUCUGCAAUACAUUGCUCCCUUCGCUGGUUGCUCCAUGGGUGAAUGGUUCCGUGACAACGGCAAGCACGCCUUGAUCAUCUACGAUGAUUUGACCAAGCAGGCCGUUGCCUACCGUCAAAUGUCCCUGCUUCUCCGCCGUCCUCCUGGCCGUGAGGCUUACCCCGGUGACGUUUUCUACCUCCACUCUCGUCUCCUUGAGCGUGCCGCCAAGAUGAACGACAAGCUUGGUGGUGGUUCGCUCACUGCUCUGCCCGUCAUUGAGACCCAGGGUGGUGAUGUGUCCGCUUACAUUCCCACCAACGUCAUUUCCAUCACUGAUGGCCAGAUCUUCUUGGAAGCCGAGCUCUUCUACAAGGGUAUCCGUCCCGCCAUUAACGUCGGUCUCUCUGUCUCCCGUGUCGGUUCCGCUGCCCAGGUCAAGGCCAUGAAGCAGGUUGCCGGUUCCCUGAAGCUCUUCUUGGCCCAGUACCGUGAGGUUGCUGCUUUCGCCCAAUUCGGUUCCGAUCUCGACGCUGCGACAAAACAGACCUUGUCUCGCGGUGAGCGUCUCACCGAGCUCCUCAAGCAGAAGCAGUACUCCCCCAUGGCCGUCAACGAGAUGGUUCCUUUGAUCUACGCUGGUAUUAACGGUCUCCUCGACUCCGUACCCGUUAGCAAGAUUCUUCAGUGGGAGGCUGACUUCCUUGCCCACCUCCGAUCAAACGAGCAGGACAUGCUCAACCAGAUCGACCGGGAAGGUGCGCUCAGCAAGGACCUUGAGUCCAAGCUCAGGGAGGUUGCACAGAGCUUCACCAAGAGCUUCGCGGCAUAA